UGGACAGCUGGUUGUCACGAAAAGGAUAUCUCAUGUUGCUGGUGUGGCUGGACUUAACCCAGAGGUGAAACCUUGUGAACAACCUCAGUCUGCAGUACAAUCAUUAAGGCUGGUCAUUGCUUACUGUUGGCUUUUUAUUGGGGUAUGAGCUUCUCGCCUGUUCCAUCAUCAUUAUGUCAUCUUCAUCGUCCUCUUCUUCCUCUGAGGAAGCCAGCCCUGGAGAUAUCCCUCGCGGAGGAGGAACUAUUCGUGUGUACCUGCCCAACAAGCAGCGCACUGUGGUCAAUGUGCGGCCUGGUCAGACUGUCCAUGACAGCUUGAACAAGGCACUGAAGGUUCGAGGACUGAACCAGGAAUGCUGUGCUGUUUUCAGACUGCUUGAAGGACGAAAGAAGUUGACAGACUGGAAGACUGAUGUUACUCCUCUGGUGGGAGAAGAACUUUUGGUUGAAGUGUUAGAUGAUGUUCCUUUGACCAUGCACAAUUUUGUGCGUAAAACAUUUUUCAAGUUGGCAUACUGCGAUUUCUGCCACAAAUUCCUUUUCCACGGCUUCAGAUGUCAAACAUGUGGCUAUAAGUUCCACCAGCACUGUAGCAGCAAAGUGCCAACAGUAUGUGUUGAUAUGGAAACAAUAUCCAAGACCUCUUCGCCUAAUCCUGAUCACCCUUCCAUUCCAAUUCUCCUGAUGCCAGAUAACUCUGUUGAGGGGAGGCAAACAGAUAUACCUUUCAUGACUCAGCCUCAAGGGGUGUUGACAAUGUUGUUGUCUCCAGCCUCUGCUUUCCAGUUUCCUAUUCCAGGGAGUGAGAGCCAGUCUCUUCAAAGACACCGCUCAACUUCCACUCCUAAUGUUCAUAUGAUUAGUACAGUUGGAGCUGUGGGGACUGGGAUCAUGGAGGAGGCAUUAAAGAACAACACCAUAGGUAUUGAGUCGUGGAGUCGGCCAUCAACCAGUCCACCUUCUCAUGGGUCUCCAGGAAAGAGGCAACCUCCACCUAAAUCACCUUCUGACCAUCCGAAAGAACGCAAGCAGUCAUCUUCUGAUGACAAAAAGAAAGUGCAUCGUGGUGGGUACAGAGACUCUAGCUACUACUGGGAAGUUCAGGCAGGAGAGGUCUCCAUUUUAAAACGCAUUGGGUCAGGUUCUUUUGGAACCGUUUAUAAGGGAAAGUGGCAUGGUGAUGUUGCGAUCAAGAUUCUUAAAGUUACAGAUCCCACCCCUGAGCAGCUGUUAGCAUUUAAGAAUGAAAUGCAAGUUCUCAGGAAGACACGGCAUGUGAAUAUUCUUCUUUUUAUGGGCUUCAUGACAAAGCCAAACUUUGCCAUCAUUACACAGUGGUGUGAAGGCAGCAGCCUUUAUCGUCAUCUUCAUGUUCUUGAUACCAAAUUUGAGAUUAUGAGGAGGAUUGAUGUCGCAAGGCAGACUGCUCAGGGCAUGGAUUAUUUGCACGCCAAAAACAUCAUUCAUCGAGAUCUGAAAUCAAACAACAUCUUCCUGCAUGAGGGCUGGACGGUAAAGAUUGGUGAUUUUGGACUGGCUACCGUCAAAUCACGAUGGAGUGGGUCUCAGCAAGUGGAGCAACCUAGUGGAUCUAUACUCUGGAUGGCACCUGAAGUGAUUCGUAUGCAAGAUAGUAAUCCGUAUACAUUUCAGUCAGAUGUGUAUGGCUAUGGAGUUGUCCUGUUUGAGCUUAUGUCUGGAACACUGCCUUACUCUAACAUUAACAAUCGUGACCAGAUAAUCUUUAUGGUAGGACGGGGAUAUCUGUCUCCUGACCUCAGUAAAGUUUACAGCAAUUGCCCUAAAGCCAUGAAGAGGCUUAUCAUCGACUGCCUAAAAUUUAAACGUGAAGAAAGGCCUCUUUUCCCACAAAUACUUGCAGGGAUGGAACAUGUUCAAGACUCUCUCCCCAAAAUUGAACGCAGUGCUUCUGAGCCUUCCCUACAUCGUGCUGUGCACUCUGAGGAUCUUAACCCACUGCUGCUGAAUACAACUAGACUUUUGCCAUUGUAAGCAAAAUCCCCAGUAGAAAGCACUUCUUUCUGGAAAGCCAGAGCUGGAUACAGGAACAUUUCAGGUAUUGGUGGCAUACUCAACGAGCCAGAUUGCCCCAUCACCUUCAAUAACUUCCGAGAGAGAACACACACCUGGCCCCAACAGCUGCCAGGGACCAGAUAAACCAAUCUCUCACUCCUCAUUCUGGCCAAGCCAGUACAACAAACAGUUUGUAUACUCGUCAUGCUGCUUAUUUUGACCUGUGUGCUGCUACUGAGAGCAACUGAAGCACUCAACUACCCUUUUAUCAGAUUUACACAGACUGAAUGUGGAUUAUAUUGGUGUACACUGCAAUACCAUUUUGCUGGGCUAGUUUCAGUGUAACUGGUGGACCCCAAUAAAGACAUAGAAAUGGCUUUCUCCCAUAUACUUCACUAGAGCAGCCUAAUGUGAUUUUUAAACCACCUGCGGAUCUAUCCAGCGCCUCUAGUGUCUGCUGAGAUAUGCCAGAUUACUCUAGUAAAAUCUGGUCCUGUACUGUAUGAAUAUGGAAUCUUGGUGCAACAGUUGUUGUUUUCCAUGUGAUUAGGACUGAAACAGUUACUUGACUAGAUUUAUGCAGUAUACUGUCUAGUAGAAAUUAGCAGACUGAAAAAGUAUCUUGGUAGCCUUUUACAAUGAGAAUUUUCCUUAGGAUGCCCAGGUCAGUUUUUUAUUUUGCCCUCUGUAAUCCCGCUUAUGAAGAAAACUUAAAAAUUAACUUUGACAAGAGUGCAGACAGAUUGUCUUCCUUAUAAAUCUGUUCAGGUCUUUUUUCAAGUUUGUGAACAUUCCUGAAUAUGGGCAGUAAGCCUUUCUCUGAAAACAAAGUUUUUAUUUUUAAUAAUUUUUAUUUAGCUACCCUGGAUCGAUAGAAGGUAAAAUUGUGAUAGUCAAUAAUAAAAAAAAAAGCUUCUGCAGGUUUAUUGAUGUAUGACAGGAACCAAAUGCAUGUACAUUUGAGAAGACUUAAGCACUUUGUCCACUUUUACCAGAAUCUUGCAACUAGAAUAGCAGCACGCAAUAAUUUUAUGUAAGAGUAGGCUGGUUUCUGCUUAUUGUCUUAAAGAUGUACAGACAAAAAUCUAGUGCGUUAAAUGUGGGUCUCUGGCUAUCCUUUUAUUGAGCAGGAUGUUAAGUGUAUAACAACAGAUUGUAAACUUGGGAGUAAAGCACUAAAUUUACAAUCAUUAAAUCAUUUUGCUUGCUGCUAAAAUAUAAUUUCAUAGCUGGACAAAGUGUUUCUACCAUUCUUCUUGCAAUACAUGACCUGCCAGCAAGCUUACUUAGAUUAAAUGUGUUUUAAAAACGCUGCGAUUCUGUACACCUCACUACUAUAGACAACCUUCUCCUGCAAAUUGCUAGCAUAGCUGAGGUAAGGCAUCUGCUCUUGAACAUAAAAGAUUAUAAAAAAAAAUGGAUUUGUAAUUGUGAAGGUAAGAGUAAAGUUAAACUGAUUUAUGGCUAAAAAAAUGUGUGUGUCUGAGUCUCAAGCUGUGAAGUUGACCCAUGCAUUUUCUUUAUAUAAUCAGUAUUUUUAAAUGGUUUACUUAGUGGCUUUUCACGAUAUUGUUUAUGUCCUUGGAGAUGGUUGAUCGCAGUGCUGGAGAACUGCAGCCAAAUAUGUGUAUGUUGUAAAACUGUUUAAAGGAAAGCAGCAUGUUUAAUUUAGACAGACAGUAUGUUCACCAUUAUUAAUUCAACAGGCUGACUGAGACUUGCAAAGACGAAUGUUUGAAUGUGGUAUAUGAUUAGUACUCGGUUAUAGGUCAGAACUCCAUUUAGAUCAGUAGGGUUUUUUCUCCCUCUUUGUCAUCAAUAGAGAAGGCCAACAGACACAGAUACAUGCUCAUGCAAUGUGUUCCGAGUUUCUGUUUGCAACCUGAAGAAUAAUACAAUAUAUCUAGAGCUUUACUUUUGGACUUUCAGUUCAGUUAAGAACUAAUCAAUUAGAAUGUGUUAGAAACGACAGGGAUCUAAAUGGCAAAGACCAGGGAACCAAAUCUUAAAACUGUUUGAACACUUUCAUUAGAGAAAAACAUUAGCAUUUAGACUUCUUUGUAAUUAAUCAAAUAAAAUACAAGUGAAUAUGUUGUAAUGAUGAACAGUAGAUUAAAAUUACACAACCAACCCUGAUGGCAAUCUUCCAUUUAUGAACUGUAUUUCCUUUAGAUUUCCUUAUCAUUUUAUAUAUGGCAGGGUUAGCAGCUGCUUCCUGUAAUUUAAGAGUGUACAAUGCAGUGGUGCCCAGCGAACCAAUUACAUCCUUAGAACAGAUUUGCCACUGGCCGUACCUUCUAGUGGAAAAGAUGGGACAUUUCUUGUGUCCUUACUCCUGUAGCAACAUAAUGCUUAUUGCCAUAAUUUCCCGUGGCACACUCACAAGGCUAACAAGAUUGACUGGUAUGUGUUCAAGUAAUUACAUUCAUAGAAACAUACUAAUAAUAGUGUAAUUGUUUGCUGUUUUUUUAAAAAUGUGAAAUGAAAUGUGCACACAUUAGGCAGCUAAAAAGUAUUGAAUGGCGUGUACUGCACUGCCUUGAGUUCAUCAGAAUGUGUGACCUUCCAUUUUAAAGCCAUAAUCUAAUGAUAAUAUUGAGAAGCAGGAUUUGAUAAUAUGCAAACAUAUGUAGUACAUAUGCAUGUAGAGAUAAUGCACAACUCCAGAAGAAUGGAUUGUGUUCACUUCUGUUUAAUAAUGAGAUUCCUCCAUGUCUAAAAAUUGUAGUGCACUGAGCAAGUACCAGCCCAAUAAUAACAGUACUGCUCAUAUCCCAGUUCCUUUACUAUCUUUAUUGUCAAUCAAAUAUUGUGCUUCUUUUAUUGAUGUCAAGGCCAAAGCAAAGGUUUAUAUCGGACCCAAAGAAGUGCAUGAAUAGUUUUGUUGUUCAAAAUGUAUAAAGUGUAAAAAAAAUUUGCAGUUGUUUUAGCUGAGCUGAAGCAAUGGAAAAAUAUUCUGCAGUGACAACUGCAUGUAAAAACAGAUAAAUGAUAAAGUGGUGUUAUGGAUUAUUGUUUUAUAUCAAACUAUUACUUUAGAAUGCCAGAUUUUUUUUAUAUAAUGCAAAAACCAAUUUGUUUGCAGGAGCAGAGAGUUAGUAGUUAGUUAACAAUUAUGAAACAACUAUUGCAUGUCUGAACAAAGCAAGUUGUGCCUUCAGAAAAUAGACUUUAAAUUGACUUUUAAAAAACAGUCUUGUUAUGCAGUAAGUUCUUUUUUACAUGCCUCAAAUCAGAAUUGGAGGUUGCAAAGUUUGCACAUUUGUGUUCUUUGGUAUCUUAUCAACAGCAUUAAUUAAAGAUAUAGAGCAUACUGAAAUGAUGAAUAAAUCACUGCUAGCUGGCAUUGACUUCAUUACGAUUGCUGAUACUUUCUGUUCAUGUUUUAAAUGCGUUAUAUGAAGUUGGCCCAGUAGAACUGGGUUCUUGCCUUGAGCUUGAUGCUGUUAUGGUAGACUCUGUACUGGCGUAGUAGGUUCAGACAUUGGAUGGAGGUUAUGAGAUGCUUGUUUUGGGGUCUUCCAACUCCCAAAUCUUUGACUGUCACAUUUUAGGAAAUUCCUGUUAUAUCAGAUAUUUGUGUAUCAGACUGAGGGCUGCAUUGCAGAUGGACCUUAACUUUUCAGGUACUGUUUUUAGGUGAGCAAAUGAAAGGCUCACUUGGAUCAAACUGUUCUGUUGUCAUGUUAAGAGAAUUGUUUCUGAAUUAAUGCUUCAUUUGUACAUGGCAAAUUUAGAUAAGAAUUUACUUUAUAGUGCUUAGCACUGAGUUUACGUAAAGCCAAAUUUAGAUUUGAAGUAUAUAUUUAUUGAAAUGACAAUGCAUUUUAAUAAAGUGUCUUUACUACCGUUCAAUGAGACUCAGAUUUUCUUGCAUAAAUCAGGCUGGAUUUCUUCACUGUUCUACUUUGUCAAUGUGGACAUUUUGUUCCGACAACUCCAUGCACAAUUAUACAAUUUUAGGUUGCAUUUUACUUUUACUAUUGUCCACAAUUUUUUGCAAAUGACAGUAGGAUAACAUUUUGUUCUAGUAUAUGGAUAUCUGUUACUCCUGUAUAGUCUGAGGCAAAGAAGGGUCAACAGUAUAUCUUGGCAGAUAUUGGCAGUUAAAUACUUUCAAUGAAUGAAUGAAGUUUGGCAGUUUCAUAGAUAUAAACAUUUGUAAAUUGUAUCUAAUAGCAAAAAUAAUGAUUUUAAAAAGACAGGUAAACUCAGUGGAAGAACACCAUGCCUCAGCCAUCUUUCCAAACAGUUCAUUUUCCCAAGCAGCUCUGUGCUGUGUCUGUAUGGAUGUGCACUUGUGCAGAGCAACACUUAAAAAGGCGACUACAGCUGAAUUGCUGGCCUUUUUAGCUAACAUAUACUAAUUUAGUUUUGUUGUUGAGUGGAGGUCUAAUGGCAGUUGGACAAACUGGAGUGUGGUUAUUUGUGGCAAUUAGGAAAUUAAAAAAAAAAAAGGAUCCACAUAUGGCAGCUCUCCAUCUUCAUGUUUAUUAUGAAUGAUGCCUGCCAUCUGCUAGGUAUGUAGGGAAGCAGGCAAACCAAUGUGGACUAAAGCUGACCAAGCCCAACAUUCCCUUUAGCCUUCAGUUUGACUUCCACUCCUUUGGCUUGCUGGCAGUGCUAAAUAAGGACUGUCACUGUGUUAAUACAUGUGUGAUGAAUCUGCUGUUGUAAUAUACAGUAUACUUUUAAAAUAUUCUGUUGGAAUUUAGUGUCCCAGAGUGAAAAGAACUGGAGGAAAAGAAUCUCAUGUUGUAAUGGCAAAUAAGAUUUUAGUUCAAUUGUAAGCAAUAACAAACAGCCUUCUAUGUACAGCUGCCAUCAUUUAAUAACCACUUCAGAAAUGACCAGUUUUGUUUCUUUGUGAUGGUUGUAAAAAAGUAAGCCUGAAAUCCUGUAGAUUUUUAGGUUAUUUUGUAAAAUAUGAAUGCAAAAUUAUAUUGUGAAAUGAAUCGAUGGUAUUAGUGACUGAAAAUAUUUUGUUUUUUUCAUUAUUAAGAGACUUUUAGUGUUAUACUAUGCUGCAGUGCUGUUGGAAAAGUUUCCCUUGUAUGUUUCAUGAUUUAAAAAAAAAAUUAAAAUCACUUUUUUUUUUA